AUGUCGGUGGCCGCAUUCUCCCUCGCCGAAGUAACCGAUUUUGGCCUUACAGGCCUAGGGAAAGGAGGCCAGCAAGUCCAGAAGUGCCGUGAGACAUACGCUCGGGCAGUAGAGGCGUUAGUUGAACUCGCUACGCUUCAGUUAACGCAAUAUAUCAAUGCCGAGCUUGAUGAGCUGGAUCGCGAAGAAUUUUACAGGCUCAAGAAGGUGGCCAAGAAGAAGGAGAGAGACAAUGCUAGCCUUGAUGCCGAACUUAAGAGAAGGCGGGCGAGGGAGGCAGGCGACGUGCAGAAAGAUCAGCCUGUGUCGGCUGAUAUGUUGGGGGCGGAGGACGAGGAUGUUAUUUUCUAG